GUAGAAAAAGCUUUUGUGGAGAUUGGAACCUUGUCUGUUGCGAUAAUUAUGGUAUGCACCCUUUUUGCGGCUGGUAAAAAGGGGUGGAUGUUAAUGCACAUAAUUGGGAGAUUGGAGAAGAAGCAGAAGCAGAAGAAUCAGGCAGAAGCAGUCAGAGGCAGAAGCAGUCAGAAGCAGAAGCAGAAGAAUCAGAAGAAAAAGGAGCAGCAGAAACAGAAACAGAAGCAGAAGCAGCAGAAGAAGCGGAAGAAAUGGAAGCAGAAGAAGCAGAAGCAGAAGAAGCAGAAAGAAAGAAGCAGAAGGAAAAGAAAUAGAAGCAGUAGCAGAAGAAGCAGACAGAAGAAGAAGCAGAAGAAGCAGACAGAAGCAGAAGAAGAAAAAGAAGCAGAAGAAGCAGAAGAACAGGAGCAGCAGAAACAGAAGAGGCAGAAGCAGAUGAAGCAGAAGCAGCAGAAAAAGCAGAAGAAGCAGAAGAAGCAGGAGCAGACAGAAGAAGCAGAAGAAGCAGAAACAAAGAAGAAGAAGCAGAAGCGGAAGAAGCACAAGCAGAAGAAGCAGGCAGAAGCAUUCAGAGGCAGAAGCAAUCUGAAACAGAAGCGGAAGAAGCAGAAUAAGAAACAGCAGCAGAAGCAGAAGCAGAAAGAGAAGCAGAAGCAGCAGAAAAAGCAGAAGAAGCGAAGCAAAAGAAGCAGAAACAAAAUCCGAAUCAAAAGAAGCAGAAGCAGUAGCAGAAGCAAAAGCAUAAGAAGCAGAAGCUGA